AUGUCGCAGGAGGCCGCCACUGCGGAUCUGAGGGCGAGUCAGUCAACACCAGAGAAAGUCAACCCUUAUUCAAGUAUCCAGUCAGUUCUUAGCUUUGAAGAGCCUCAAGAUCUCCAAAAUCAAGUAUCCUCAAUUCAAGCGGCGACGUUAGCACUUAUCUGGAAAGUAAGCGAACGUCGAGAAUACCUCGAUCAUGUUCAACAUCAGCGUCAAAACAUAGCCAAUGCCGUCAAGGAGUUGGACAUACGGUUGCACAUAUGGCUUUUUGACCUUAAAAUUGAAGUGGCUGAACUGGAUAAUGUGGGAGAUAGAGGAGCAGACUUAUAUCGAAUUGCCAGGGAUUCAUGCGAAAGAAUAAGAAAGGGACUACUCCAAGUAAUAAAGAGGCUGGUGGACGUUGAAGAAUCCCAAGUGAGCGACGUUAAAGAGUCCCAGGUGGACGUUGAGGAUAAACGCCCAAGUGGACUAGGAGGACGCCAUGAUAGCAAUGUCAUCGGUGAAGGUGGCGAUGAUACAGCCGGCGGGCGUCAAAUUGAGAUAGGACGCUAUCACGACCAAAGCACCUCAGAUGAAGACGACGACAACAACCAGGCAGGCAAUGAUCAAGAAGGAAAGGCAACUUCGCCCGAGCAGGUGGCUUUGCAGUCUUGUGCCUCAGCACAUGCAGCUUUGCUGGACCUGAUUACUGUCGCAAAAGCGCUCAAGGAAAUACGACUCUCCGAGACCAGACGUGGCACCGAAUACUAUAUAAAGAAGAAGAUAAUGGAAAUCCAACGCGGCGUUCUAGGGACAGACCUACGUUCUCAACCGACCCAGGCCGACGCACCUAUAGAGGAGCCCAGUCAGAGGAUCGACACCAAGCACAGGAAACAGGUCAAGACGAUAUCAGAACAAUAUGCCGAAUACUUCGCGCACCAGCCCGAGGGCAUGGCAGUCUACCGAGGUAUUGACAGCACGAUGCUCAGGCCGGGCAUGUGCGGAUACUUUGAUGUCAACGGCGAGUGGAGGACCAUAGUUGACCUUACCGACUCGUCCGAUCUACAAGCUCGGGGUCUACCUGAUGUCGGUCAGCUCACAUGCUCACUUGAAAAAGACCAAAACCAGGAGAAUUGGUGGAUUCGGAGGUCAAAUGAUGUGGUGCAGAAGCAAGUUUCCACCCCUGCAGCUGUCGACUUCCCAGCACCAGGAGGUGUGCCAUAUAGCUAUACAGCAAAGACCGACAGGGGAGGCGCCAUCCUCGUGACAGAUGGGCAAGUGACGUGUAGCGAGGUCUCUGCUGCUGGUGCACUACACGCAUGGAUUGCAAAAUACGGUAAAAUGAUUGCAAAUCAGGCCCGAACCCCAAGCUCGACGACGUUUUGGUUGGUAACCAGGACUUACAGUGCUCCUCGCAGGAGGAUCAUAGGAUUGCCAUCCAAGGGCACGGCGGUGACGAUAGACAUCGAUGUCAGCACACUGGAGACUGGGAAUGUCCGAGCAUCUUCCACAUGGUGGAAUACUCAGCCUAGCCUCAAGCCGGAUAGGUGGUACACGGACGAUCAAAAUGACAAAGGUAUCGUGCUUGCUAUGUCUGGCUUUCUGUGGAGGACGCGUUGGUACUCUUCAGAAGUAAAACCCGCGAGUGUCGGGGCGCGCAAGCCGAUUUGA